AGCCACGCCCAAUGGGUUUCUCCACCUAUAACCAUGUGUGCAGAUAAAGAUGAAGUUGUCUGUCUAGCUGAGGGAAGAAAGAAAGAGAAAUGGAGCAGUGACCCAAGAAACACCUUUUGGUCUAAUGACAAGACAAGACUUGGCUACCGUUUGCUGGAGCAGAUGGGCUGGACUGAUGGCAAAGGUUUAGGAGCUAAGGAAGAUGGUCAGAAGGAGCAUGUCAAAGUAGCUAAGAAGUCUGACAACUCUGGUUUUGGUGCUGGUACAGAUAGAGAUUCAGAUUGGAUAGCAUGUCAGGACUCUUUUAAUGAUAUCCUCUCACAACUCAACGACUCACAAAAUACUACAACUCCUCCUAAUUCAUCUGAUACAAAAGAUUUAGUAUCUGCUGCUGGAAAAUCAAGGAAACUAGUUUAUCACAAGUUCCUCAAGAGUAAGGAUCUAUCAAUGAAGUCAGAGAAUGACAUGGACUGUGUCUUUGGAAAGAGACACAAGAAAAGAAAGAGAACAAAAUCAGAAAAUGAGUCAGAAGAAAAGGAGCCACAAGAACAGCAAAAGGAAGCAACAGUCAGCUGUCUGAUCCCAACUAUUAAAAGUGAGCUAAGUUUGCAGGAUUAUUUCUCUGAGAAAAUGAAGAAAUUAAAAUCCAAAGAACAAAACAGCGACAAGAACAAUACUUCAGCCAGUAGCGAGCAGGAAGCACCUGAGAAACACUCAAAGAAGAAAAAGAAGAAGCACAAACUUUAACAAUUUUUAUUCAUAGAGGAUAUUUUGUUCAGUUUGAUAUUAUUCGUGGGAGUUUGUAAUGCGCAUGCGCAGUAAUGUGUUGCUAAUUAUAUUAUUCAUAGUUUGUGCCCUCAAGUACCACACCC